AUGGAAGAAAGUAAAUCUCCUAGAGAUCCUAUGGAUGUGGACGUUGUAGAAAAUGUUGCCACUCCAGAAGUUCAAUCAACUGAUACUCCACCGUCCGUAAAACUAAAAACUAAAAAAUCAAAAUGGGAGUCAGAGAGUGAAAACGAGGAAUCAGAAAGUGAACGAAAAUUUAAUAAAAAAAAACGUGGUGCAAAAAAAGCUUUAAAACCUACUGUUGAUUCUGAAGCUGAUGAACUUAGUUCUCAACAUGAAAGUGCAACUGAAGGUGUAAAACGUUUAAAAGUCUCAAUUGACACUGCUGAAUCUCCGUCAAUAAAAUCCGUUUCACCCGCUGCUGAAUCUGUAAACGAGAUCACUGAAGUACCUUCUCCACAAGAAAAUACUGUUUCAACUCCACAAUCUAUGGUUGAACAAAUAAUUAAACCUGUAUCAACAAAACCACCUAUGCUUACAGGUUGUCGUAGUGUGGAUAAUUAUGAAAAAUUGAAUAGAAUUGAGGAAGGUGCAUAUGGUGUUGUUUUUCGUGCCAAAGAUAAAGCUACUGGUGAAAUUGUUGCUUUGAAAAAAUUAAAAUUAGAUAAAGAAAAAAAUGGUUUCCCUAUUACAUCUUUACGGGAAGUACAUACGUUACUUUUGGCUAAACAUCCAAAUAUUGUUAACGUUAGAGAAAUUGUAGUUGGAGAUGCAUUAAAACAAAUAUUUAUUGUAAUGGAUUUUAUAGAACAUGAUCUUAAAAGUUUAAUGGAGGAUAUGCAAAGUCCUUUCUUACAAUCUGAAGUCAAAACAAUAAUGCUUCAACUUUUAUCUGCUGUUGCAAUGUUGCAUGAUAAUUGGAUUAUUCAUCGUGAUUUAAAAACUUCAAAUUUAUUAUUAAAUAAUAGAGGACAAAUUAAAGUGGCUGAUUUUGGUUUGGCGAGAAAAUAUGGUAGUCCUUUAGGUCCAAUGACAGAAUUGGUUGUUACACUUUGGUAUCGAGCACCCGAGUUGUUACUAGGUGCCAAGAAAUAUUCUACGGCUGUUGAUAUGUGGUCCGUCGGAUGUAUAAUGGGGGAACUGGUUAAUAAAGAACCUUUACUACCAGGCCGGACAGAAAUUGACCAACUAGAUAAGAUAUUUAAAUUGUUAGGUAUGCCCAACGAAAAAAUAUGGCCAGGGUUUUCAAAGCUACCCCAUGCUAAAAAUAUUCCUUAUUUAAAACAAUCACAUAAUUCGAUACGUAGUCGAUUUCCAUAUUUGACAGAAAAUGGUAUUGACUUAAUAGCAAGAUUGUUAACAUAUGAUCCAACAAGACGAAUUACUGCUGAAGAGGCUUUGAAACAUCCCUAUUUUACCGAAAGCCCUUUGCCUAAGGAUCCAGAAAUGUUUCCAACUUGGCCUUCGAAAGGCGGUGGUGAAAAGCGUAAAUCUUUUGUAAGUCCAUCAGCUCCAAAUGUUGCGCACGGAAUUGGUGAAUUGGAUGAAGAAGAUCAAGCAUUUCUAGGUUCUAUUUUUGAGAAUCAGGGUGGGAAUGAUUAUGGUUUUCGAUUAAAGGUCUAA